CGUCAUCAACAUGGGCGUAGAAACAAUGUUGCCAGUUUUGGUGGCAUUGGUGACGGUGAGCAGUGCCGCGUUUCAUUUUUCCAUUCCAGACAGGUGUGGCGACGACGUUUCCCACUCACAAAUUAUGAAGCGUUCGUCCGUGAGAGCACAGUCAUUCUGUGCUUUGGAAUGUGCGCAAGAACCUUCCUGUUUUGGCUUUAACUGGCAAAGGGAGCCUGACAACGGCGUCCAUUUGUGCGAGUUAGUGAAUUCAACAUCAGAUGAAUAUGGGAAGUUCUUGAUUGCCACUGAAGGGUUUUCAUAUGUAGAAAAGUCCGAGUCGGGGUUUCAAUCCAGUAGAACGACCUGUAGCAAAGGACGAUGUGGUAGGGUCGAUCAAUUCGUUUGGCACGAUGCCUAUAACUACAAUGGCGACAACCAGAUUUACGUCCACUCCAGUAAAAGGAACGCGACACUAAGUUACACCAACUGGGCACUCGGUGAACCAAACCUCGUCUCUGAGCUUUGCGUUGGCUUCAAACCUGACAGCGGUCAGUGGUGCGACGUCCCUUGCAGUUGGGAUGUAGUGCAAACCAUUUGUGAAAUCGACCAAAGCGGCCUUGGCUGCAGAUGCCCAGAAAUUUAA